AUGGCGAGGGCAGUUGCCGAGCCUCCGGCACCUGCCGAGCCGAAGCAGGAGGCAGUGCCGCCGAAGGCGAUGGAGGAGGCAGUGCCGCCGAAGGCGAAGGUGGAGGCAGUGCCGCCGAAGGCUCAGGAGGCAGUGCCGAAGCCCAAGGUGGAGUGGCCAAAAAACGAGCUCCUGGCGGCGAAGGAGGAGGCCGAGUGGUACAAGCAGGCCUCUGGUGUUGGGUCGUCUCGUGAUGUCAAGACGGAGCAGGAGACGACGGAGGAGGACCAGGUCUACUGGCAGAAGGACGAGCACGAUCCGGAUCUUUGGUGGAAGUGGUCGCAGAAGCGAGGCUGGCAACGGUGGAAGGGCUGGCUCACCAAGAUGGGAGUGGUCCUUCACAAGAGGUCUCUUGGCGAGAAGGUGGACCACAUCCUGGACAGGUUUGCCGAGCACCCGUCCAUGGUGCCUUUUCUGCGAAAGCUGGACCGGGACUAUGCCACCGAGGGCGAACGAUGCUACCGGCACUGGCUGUGA